CGAGCGCGGCGAUAUCAUCAGCCGAGGAAAAACACGCGAGCUGAAGAUUCGCUCCAGUUCACGUACAGACGUACACGAGGCGAGGCUGCAUCGCCGCUUGGAGCAUGAGGGCGAAGCUGGAAAUCCUGGCCAUGGUCCUGGGCUUCCUGGGCCUGUUUGGCGCGGUGGCGGCCACGGCCAUGCCCAUGUGGCGGGUCUCGGCUUUCAUCGGUGCCAAUCUGAUUGUGAUGGAGGUGCUCUGGGAGGGCCUGUGGAUGAACUGCUUCAACCAGGCGGACAUCAAGAUGCAGUGCAAAGUCUACGACUCGCUGCUCAUCCUCUCACCGGAGCUGCAGGCCGCCCGCGGCCUCAUGGUGGUCUCCAUCGUCCUGGUGGUGAUCGCUUUGUUCAUCGCCGGCUUCACCAUGAAGAGGACCAACUGCUGCGAGGGCAACGAGAGAGCCAAGAACAUCACCCUGGCCUUCGCCGGGAGCUUGUUCCUGCUGGCCUGCUUGAUCACGCUCAUCCCCGUCUGCUGGGUGGCCCACACCGUCAUCAGGAACUUCUACAACCCGGUGGUGGUGGAUUCUCGCAAGCGCGAGCUGGGGGCGUCCCUCUUCAUCGGCUGGGCCACGUGCGCUUUUCUGCUGGCCACGGGUGUCAUCCUGCUGCUCAGCUACAGCAAACGCAGGUCCAAGGAGUACCAGCCCUACGCGGGCGGCUACCUUACGACCUUGCCCACCGAUGCUGGGAGAGCAAGCAGCGUGCACAGCGGGAGGGCGCCGUCCAGUUUCCACAAGCAUCACGAAUACGUGUGAUGUCUGCUCGAAAUUUUCGGCCUCGCUUUCAUUCUUGCAAGUACAAUUUAUCACCUGAAGGCGCUUCCUGGGAAGUUCUGUACUUAUUCCGCUGCACAAAUCCUCCUGUUCAUCAUUUGGACUGCUUGAAAUUCACUGACAUGUACUUUGUAUGUGAAAUGAUUAUUGCACUGAUGUCUACAUGUGCUGGAAAAUGAUAUUACAGUAAAUUGCGAUAUUGUGAUUCUA